UAUUAUUUUUAAUGUAAUGAAUAAAAUUAGUUUAAACUUCAAUUUAGUUUAGUUGGAUUUGUUUUUUAAUUAUGAUAGAUCUUGAUUUACCGUCUUUUCUAAAAGAACCACGCCAAGAAAUUGUAUACCAGAAGCAAAAUGAAAUACAAAUGCCUGAAGAAGAUGAAGCUAAACAUAAUGUAAAGGAGAUACAAAACAUCAAAUUGAAACUAAAUAACUUUAACAAAGUUUUUGACGAAAAAGUUGCCGAAGAUCGUUUGAAAAAGAUAAGUCGAUUAAAAGAUAAUAUUGACAAUUAUCGUUCACGAAUUGAUAAAAUUGAAACGUAUUUGAAUAAGUUAAAUUCCAAAAUCGAACCUUUAGAAUUAGAAGUGGAAAAACUCAAAGAAAUUCGACUGAAUAAAUCUGAAGAAGAGAAAUAUUUACUACAUAGGUAUAAAACCGCACUAGAUAUCCACUUGGCAGUUGUACCACAAUCCGAUGAUAAAUAUAUGGUACACGUUUCAUAUUUUACCACAGUUCGAUUGGAUAAUCCAAAAUAUUUUAUUAAAUUAUUGUACAAUACAAAUUUCAAAUGUUGGACAUUAAUUGAAAUGCAACCACAGCCUAAAAAUUUUAAUGAAAUAGUUCAAAACUUAAUGAUAGUUCAAGAUAUUCAAGGUUUUUUUGAAGCAGCAAGAAGGAUAUUCUUAAAAUAUAAAAAUAACUGUAAUGAUUAGUAGUGAUGCGACGUCUCAUCAUCAUUAAUAAUUAGUAAUUGUAAUGUUAAAAUAUAAAAUUGUAAAUUAAAAUAAAAAUUCCGUCAAAAAACCUGUUAUGGCUAUAGUUUCAGGAACUUUACUUUUACACUCACUUUAGUUAGCGUUCUUCUGGUUUUUUACGUUAUCAUCUAGUUAUGCGGGAGGGGGAGGGGUAAGAUUAAUAACUAUAUGCUACAAGAUAUCUCCUCCAUUUUAAACACAACUAUUUUAAAUUAUUUUUGACUAUUUUAAUUAUUAUUUUUUAUCCUAUUGCCUAUCCAUCCAUGGUUAGUAAAUUAUUCAUAUUUUUACCAAUGUAAAUAAAUAGCGUUUACUUACUUUGAAGUUAAGGGGACGUUCUCACUUGGAAUUGCGAAAUAAUACACUUUUUAAAUAUGAAUAAAAAAGCUGUUAUAUUUUGGAUUUAGUCCUUUUAGAUGUUCAUACCUUAAAGUUUAUAAAAACAAUUUUGUUUGGCACUUUUAGUCUAUUUUAACCACUGCAGAGAGGGUCUUCUAAAAAAUGCAUUUGAGCUAGUGCGACAUUUUGCUGGCCUCUUCCUCAAAACCUAAUAAACCUUUAAAUAUUUUUUUAAAUUAUUCUUAUGGUCUUUAUACGCGUUACCAUUAUUACCAUUUAUUGAGUGAAUUUACCUCUGUACAAAAAAGGAAAGGUAGUUUUUUAAAAAUCGAUUACUUAAGAGCAUUUUUAUGUUAAAAUUUUGUUUUUUGAAAAUUCUUAAUGUGAAAUUUUCCUUAAAGUAUAUUUCGAACUUUAGU